CUUUUCAUACCUUCAUUCCAAGUUGCUCUCGAAUCAUUUUUGUACUUUACAUUAACAGCCAUGGAAAUUUUCUGGAAUCCAUAUUUCUUUUAGCCGUUGUCUUUCUCUUUAUCAUCUUGAUCGAUAACUCUUCUUUGACCAACCCCUAUCAAAUUAGCUUUGAAACGACUCUAACUUCUUCUCUUUCUCGGAUUGUCCUUUACCUUCAAUAAUAUAGAUGCACUGCAAAUAGCUAUAUGCUUGAUAAAAGUAAAUUUCUUGCACUUAUAGGUUUAUUUUCUUUAUAGUCUCCAUCACCUCUUAUAGAAUGUGGACAUCUUGAUCCUCCUUUUCCUAACAGAAUCUUGCUUUGCAUAUAAAACUCUUUGCCUAGCUGCUUGGUUUCUUCAGAAUAUCCAGUAGAUCAGACUCUAAAGAAGGAACCUUUAAAAGGUGGUAAUUAUUACAAUCAAGGCUGUGCUUGUUAGUUCCAGCAGAUUCAUUGAUGCGCUUUGUCAAUUUCUCAACUCUGAGUUUUUGGAACAAGGAAUGCUUACUUCUGAGUUGUUUGAACGUUUGAAUACUUAAAAUUAGCCUCCACUAUGAGCAUCUUAUUUUGGGCUUCCCACUCAUAGUGUGUUAGGUAACCCAUAGGGUAAGCUUCUAUAUGAAGGAAGUGCUACUAUGGAGGGAGAUUCCCUGUUUAUUUUAAGCUUAGACGGAAGUGUUUUCCAGAUGUUGCGGUUUUAAGUGCAUUUUCCCUCAUCAUGUCGAAUGCUAUAAAUUUGGGUUUUUAAGAUUUUAUUGCUUAGAUGUUAUUUGGGGGUUUGUAUUCCAUGCGAGGAUGUAUUUAUGUUUUUUUUUAUAGUUAAAAAAAUUGUUAAACUUUAUGAAAAAAACAUUAAGAAACUGCAAAUUAUACUAUCCUUUUGAAAAUCAAGAUGUAAUAACAAUUGCUCUAAGAGAAGCUUCAUAAAUAUUCGAAAUAGAACAGAAACUCUUCUCAAAAUCUUCCUUAGAUUGAAAUUAUGGGAGUAUUCCUUGUCGCUUAUUCUAACUCAGUUUUCAAGCUCUUGGGAGAAUUUUCAGCAACCCAGAUAUGAAGGUUGAAAAGUCAUCUCCCUGCCUUCCUUGCCAAUUUUCCUGAUUUCAUCAUUUAUGUUUAGGAUAGCUUUCUCUCAGAGACUAGCAAAUGAGUCACACUCUAGAAAGGUCAAAGAAAGAUCUAUUGCUUUUCACAGGACUUUUUCAAAUUUAGAUAUGUUUAUAUCAACUCUGCAAUUCUUAUUUUCUUAUUUCGAAUGAAUUUAAAGUUAUUUUUUUUUACCUUAUUCAAAUUCCUGUUGUAAGCUUUCCAUAUCCUUGAGGUUUCAUAUUCAAGAACACAUAACUUCCAUUCGAGGACAUUGGAACCUUCUCUAGGAGAUUAUCAGAACGAUUCCAAAGACAUCUUGGUCAGUCGCUGUAUAGAGUAAUGGGAGUUAUUACAUGCCUAAUAAAACUAGCUCAAGUGUUUAGGCUUCAGUCUAGUAUAAUCCUUUAAAACUUGUUCGAUAGCUUUAUCUGAUCUUUACGAAACUUUUAGUGAUCUCACAGAGUCUUUUAAAUUCAUUGUCUCCUUUUUAUUCUUUAAAGCUCCUUUCAAUAAGAUGCUUCUGAUAUUCCUUUUCAUAGGAAUAGGCUUUACAUGAGCUAACUUCUUCUUACUGAGCUUAAUGAACAGUUUCUUAAACUGAGAAUAUCUAUAAAAUAAUGGCAAUAAGGUUUAAAAAUCAAAACAAAGAAGAAAAGUCUUGCAUAGUGUCAUUGCAGUCUAUUUAAUAUAGGGUCAUAAUCAAAUGCUGUUCAUAUUGGAUCCAAUCGGAACCUUUAUCGGCCAAGCACUCUAUUCAGAUCUCUCUUACAGUUGCUUUUUAUUUAACAUAUGGUCAGGCAGCCAUUUUCUGAAAAAAAUGUUUUGCAGCCUAU